AUGAAUUUUACAUAAAAUAGGUUUCGUAUUGGCCCAAUUUUUAAAGCAAAUGUUCCUGUCAUAAAUUAUGACCAGUUAAAAAAAGAACAAUAAUAUUUAUAAUAUGAGUUUCAGAAAAGCGAUUCACAUCAACAUCAUAUAGCAACAUUUAAUUCUCUCUAAGAACUUUAAAAAAGAGUAGAUUAUUCAUUAAAAUACCCUAAAAAAAAUCAAUACAUAUCAAAGUAAACACCAAAAAUCGAAUUGUAAAUUGAAUAUCAAUCUUAGUAAAGACAUUAUACAACGCCCAAAAAAAUAAUUCCGAAUUUAAUGUUAGAAGGAACUCUAUUCGAAUUCCUUAUUUAUUACAAGCCGAGCAAACGAUUGUUCAUUUCUAUGGUAUGACAAUAAGACCGGAUAUAAAAAGAAAGAUGGUCAUAGCAAACCUGCUCGUCAUCCCAUAAAAUUAAAAGCAACAUUAGGUAUUUAUCUAUUAUCUAUUUAUUCUGAGAAUUGAAACCUUAGAGAUAUUAAAGGAUUUUGAGUGAAUCUUUUUAAGUUUGGGAUUGAGGAUGA